AUGCACUCGACUGAUAGCAUUUUCACUGCAGCACCUCUCAAUAAAAAAUCAAACCACAAUGUCGUGGCAAUUAUAGAAACUGACGAAAAUUUUGUAAAUUCAUCUGAGACCCUUGAACUAAUUAAUAUCUCAAAUUCUGAAAUGCAAUCGACUCAUGGCAUUUUCACUGCUGUGCCUCUCAAUCAACCCAAUGGAAAUACUAAUAGUACCGAAGAAUUUACCAUUUUAAGCUGCAACUCGUAUAACGAUGAGAUUGUUUUAAAUAAUGAUAUUCUUUUUUCAUUGAACUCAUCUAGUGCUACUACUGCUUUAGUUUCUACAACUGAUGAAGAAUUUAAUAAUUCAAAUAUCGAAUUCGAUGGAAUAUUAUUGUAUAAUAAUACCGAAGAUGCAGUAGGCAAUCCACCAGCUACAAUAUUGCAAACUAAUGAGCUAGAUACUGAUUACCCUCUAAUUACAGUUGUUGCCAUGGAAGAACCAACAGAAGACAUUGUUGAUGCAGAAGGUACUACUACAGUGGAGAGUCAAGGUGGUGACAGAAUUUGUGUAGAAUUACCUGAAGAAGUUCUCGAUAUAGAAAGUCCAACCAAGAAAAAAAAACUGCUGUCUUUUCCAAAUAUAAGCUUCCAUCACUCACGUUCUGAUACAUGUGGCACUUGUGAUCUUCUACAUAAUAAAACAAAAAGUGAACCUAAUAAUAAAGAAGCUAAAGUUAAACUGGACGUCCAUCAUCGCAAGGCUGAAAAGGCAAGAGAAGUAAUGAAGAUGGAUCAUGAAAAAUCACAACAUCCUACCAGUGAAACUAGCACGAUUGCUAUAGAUCUAGAGCAAGUUCUUUCGCUUCCUGCUCUGACACAUGAUGGCAGUCUCACUCAAGAGGAUCCCGAGGACGAACCAGUGACAGAAAUCUUGCCAGAGAUUGUAGAGAUAGAGGAGCCUCAGCCUCAAGCUGUGGCUGGACAAAUAACUGAAGAAAUACACAAAAAGACGGGCACUAAGAGAAAGCCAUCUAAAUCCAUGCAGUAUGAACAACUACCCAUCUCAUUCGAUAAUCAACAGCCUCCUACAGAUAAUUUUCAGUCACCCCAACUUAUUUGUGAAGAUCUUGAACAAGCAUGUUCUUCCAAAAAUAAUGACUAUUUGUCAGUUGUUGCAGGACCUUCAACCUCAGAUAAUCAUGAUCACCCAUUGGAUUACAGCUCAGAUGAUUCUCUCAAAGAUCCUAACUUCACUGUUGAUGAAAAAGACAUCUCAGAUUCUUCAGAUAGUGACAUUCCCUUAGCCGUGAUGAGAAAUUAUAUCCCGAAAAUUCAAAAAACCAAAACAAGUGAUGAAUAUACCGAAAAGGGUGAAGAUAGGAAACGGAAACGUUUCGAAAAAUCGCUAGCAGAACGGAAGAAAAUAAAACUACAAGAAAGAAUCAUGAAGUAUACGAUAAUACCUAGCUUGAGCUUUGCUUAUAUGAUGAGUGAUACUGAAAGAAGCGUGUGGUCGAGAGACCUUUUGUCUUUCAAAAACUUCCAUUUUGGGAUCGCUGAAGCCUUCUUCAAAAAGCAAUCAUGGACGAAUAGGCAACGUGAUCGUGGCUAUCGAUUUUUUGCUGAAGGGUAUAUCCAGGAAGUUUUCACAAAUAAAAGUGAGUGCAUCAUCAAAGCAAAGUGUUUCAGAAGCCAAAAAAAAAAUGAAAUCCCUCAUAGACUUCAUUCACCAUCAAUAGAUGUUAUGAUUGAAGGUCACUGUACAUGUGAAGCUGGAAACUCACAAUCCUGCAAUCACCUCGUUGGACUGGCAUACUACCUUCAACAUUUGAUUUUAAAUGGGCUUAAGCAAGUUCCUGGAACUGCCUCAUGCACCUCAAUCCCGAUGGAGUGGAAUAAACCAAGAGGAACAAAAAUUCUGCCAGAACAAAUUCCCAAUAGUGUAUUCAUUGAUUCAACCAACAUCGAAAGGAAAAAAGCACCUGUAGUUUGUCGGAUAAAAAGCCCCAUAAGAAACAGCAAGUUGGAGAAAAUCACACAAUCAAGUGUUGCUCGAUUAAAAACUACAUUAAAUAGUAUCAAUCCAUCGAUACCAUUCGCAAGCACACUUUGUACCCAAAGUAUACCUGUGCCAGCGUCGUCACUAUUGGGUCAUAUGGCACGUGUAAAAAGAAACGCUGUUUCUGCGAUAGGACUCGCAGAGGAACACGUGGAAGAAGUGGAAGGACUACCUUUAGCCUUGCCAUUGGACACAAAAGAAAUGGUGGAUAUUUUGAUAAGUGUUGCGCCAGUUCACCAUGCCUCAUUAGAUACACUUACCAUGGAGCAAGCUGCCAAAAUAGAAAAAGAUACGAGGCAACAGAACCGGAAUGAUCUUUGGAAAACUCUCAGAAAAUUUCGUUUUACAGCUUCUAAAUUUGGUUAUGUAUGUAAAAGAAAAUUAUUCAAUAGUGAAUUUAUUAAACAAUUUGUGUGCCCUCCUGAUAUAAGCCAUAUCAAAGCUGUGGCUCAUGGAGUGAAAAGUGAAAAAUUAGCAAUAAAUGCAUUUUUGAAAGUACAUACACUCACUACAAAUGUGGUUUGA